AUGGCUUCAGUACUUUCAGUCAGGCAACAGGAGGUUAAGUCUUCAAUCGCACCAGCCGAGGAGCAACAUACUAUCCCAUUUCAAAAUGGAGUAGAUAUACAAGCACUGGAGAUGACCUCCGACAAAAUCGACGAGCUCAACGUUAUCAAAGCCGAUAUGAAAAAGCCUGGCGCUGAGAAAGACAAGACGCUAUUUCGAAGAUAUGAUGAGUCGAAAGACCAUGUUAAACACUUUUACACAGAACAACAUCUCAAACAAACUGUGGAAUACAACAUCACGAUUCGUCAAGAAUUUGCCAACAGAGUUCGGUGGGAAAUGGGCGUGUUGGAGGGUGCACUGCUUCUCGAUAAAUUUGUUGAUCAGUCAGAUCCUGAUACUCAGGUCGGUCAACUAGAGCAUCUUUUUCAGACGUCCGAGGCGGCAAGACUGGCCGGACGGCCCGAUUGGAUGGUUGUUACUGGGUUUGUUCAUGACCUGGGCAAACUAUGGUGCCUCAUGGGGGGUCAAGGACAGUGGGAUACUGUCGGAGAUACCUUCAUAGUAGGCGCUGAGUACUCGAAGCGCAUCGAACUCUAUGAGAGUCUCAAAGACAACCCGGACUUCAAUGAUCCUCGCUACAACACCAAAUACGGCAUUUAUUCUCCAGGGUGUGGAUUAGACAACGUCAUGAUGUCAUGGGGUCAUGAUGAAGUUCUUUACCAGAUUCUCAAAGACCAAUCUACACUCCCACCUGAGGCUUUGGCAAUGAUCCGGUAUCAUUCGUUCUACCCAUGGCAUCGUGAGAAUGAAUACUCACAUUUUGAGAACGAUCAUGAUCGAGCGAUGAAGCCAUGGGUACAGGAUUUCAACCAGUAUGAUCUUUACAGCAAGAGUGAUAGCCCUCCUGAUGUUGAAAAGCUUAUUCCAAUUUACAAGAAAAUGUUGGAUAAGUAUUUUCCUGCUAAGGUCAACUUUGGAAAACUACGAAAUCGACCAACGAGCAGCGGCAGCAGCAGCGGCAGCAACAGUAGUAUGAGCGAAAGUGCUUGA